AUGACUGCCUUUCAGACAAUCCUGAUUGUUGGAGCCACUUCAGGAAUUGGUGAGGAACUUGCACGCCAAUACCACGCACGAGGCAAGAAUGUAAUCGUCUCGGGCCGCCGAACGGCGAGACUAGAUACUUUAGCAGCUCAGCUACCCGGAGUGGGCAUUAUCCAGAUGGAUAUACAAGACCUGGGCGCUUUACCCAGGCAGAUCGAUGAAGCAUUCAUCACAUUUCCCGCAAUUGAUGCUGUCAUUGUCAAUGCCGGUAUCCAGAUACUACUAGAUUACACCGCCGACAACGCCUCCACCAUCGGAUACCCGACCACGGCGGAUAUCACCAAAGAGAUCACGACCAACCUCACCGGUCCGACGGUCCUCGCACGCUGUGUCAUCGAACACUUCCGUGUUUCGCGACCAAGCCAGGCCAGCCUUCUAGCCUUUGUCACGUCAGGCCUAGGCCUGGUCCCGGUCACUAUGUUACCGAUUUACUGCGCUACGAAAUCGGCGCUGCAUUAUUUCACUGUUAUCUUGCGAAAUCAACUCAAGAAUACUGCCAUCAGCGUUGUGGAAAUUCUCCCGCCGUACGUGAAGACCGAAUUGGAUGUGGCGCACGCUGAUGAGAUGGCGAAACGUCUUGGUGGGAAGAAGCCACAGGGGAUGUCUGUGAAGGAAUAUGUUGCAAGUGUUGUAAGAGGGUUGGAGGUCACGGAGAUGGAUGGGAAGAUCCAGAAAUAUGUUGCGGAGGGGAUGCCCCGAGCUGCGGUCGAAGCAUGGGUUCAGGCUGUUGGUCCCAUGGCUCAGAUGUUGCACACGGAUUUGUGA